AUGCCGGACGCGGCGAUGCGGUAUAAGACGUGCGAGGAGACGUGGCGAGAGCGAUGCGAAGUGACGGCGGAGCAAAAGCAGUACGUGAACGUGUACGGGGUGGUGCGAGACGCCACGGCGGUGUCGAAGACGCGCGGGAGCGAUUCGAAGAUGACGCUCAAGGUGUACGAUGAGACGACGCCGACGGAGGCGAUGAAGUUCGGUGGAAGGGAUGCAGAUGAUAUUCCGAGUGAGUUGACGAUUGUGUUUUUUGAUCAGAAUCCGUUCGAGCUUCCGAGACCGGCGGACGGGGACGUGAUUCGGAUACAUCGCUUGCAGGCGCAACUGUGGGAAGGACGGCCGCAGUUCGUCGCGAAGACGGGGUCGAUGUUGCAGUACGGACACUCAAAGACGUCGUGGUGUUUGUUCAGAGGGGACGAUGACAGCGAGGAGCCGUACUCGCAGAGCAGCGUGAAGGCGUCGAACCCGGAUGUGAAGCGGGUGCAAGCUUUGAGAGCGUACGCGAGAAAGGCAAAGACAAUGCCGUUCAUGAACGAGUUCGGUAACGCGGCAGGCGGCGAUACUAAGAUGCGAAGGAUCUGCGAUAUCAAAGAGAAGGAAUUCUUUGAUAUUUACUGCCUGAUAUUGGACGCGCACUUCGUUGAGGGCACGGAGGGUUGUUACGUCAUGUAUGUCUGGGACGGCACGGACGCGCCUCCUCUGCCUUCAAGCAUGACAACGUCGCUCUCGUCGACUCGAGAGGAUAUCCCGAUCGACGAGCGAGACUUCCAAGUUCAGAGUGAGUUGGACAAGAGAAAGUUCUAUCCUCAUGGAUUCAAUCUAGGCGGUCAAGACAUCGUCCCGGAGGGAGAAAUGAACACAGCGCUGCCUCUCAUCGGGACGGCCUUGCCUGUGUUCAUGCACUCCGAUAAGCUCGAAGUCGACGAGAUUCCCGCCCCGGGAGAGUGGGUGAAAAUUCGAAACUUGAAUACGCAGAUCGUGCGCGGUCAGCUUCAGGGAUUCGUGCGACGAGAGACGAGCUUUAUUCGUAACAAGACGCCGUUGCAGCCACUUUUGGAUGCGUACACUCUGCGCAAGGGAGAAAAUGUAGUCACGAGUUGGGGUAUGCCCGGACACUCGACGACACUCACGGUGACGAAGCAUCCUAAUAUGCGUUACAGCACGAUUCGCGAAAUGUUGAUGAUGAAGCCGCCCAUGCGCCACAAGUUGCGCGUGAUAGUUAGAGGAGUUAGCCCGAACCUCGUGGACAUGUGUCAACCUGGGAAAGGGGGCACGUACGAGUUUGGCGUGCGCUUUCGCAUUAUCGAUGGAACAGACAGCGUGGAUGUGAACCUGUGCGGCGAAGAGGCUAAGCAGUUCUUCCACAACGUCGUUCCCAUGAAUCUCAAGAAGCCGUCAGCGACUCGCGAGCGGCUGAACAACAUGCUGUCCACGCUACUCAAGCACGACUCCAUCGAAGAUUCAGCGGCUUGGAUAGAUUUGUGCGUCAUGCAGUACAUCGUGCGUGACGGCAAGACCGCUAGACGCGCGUUUCAGGUCUUCGGUACGUCGAUGAUCUGA